AUGAGACCUAGCUUGACACACACACACGAGAGAGAAAACGAAGAAAAGAAAGCCAACGAAAAGGCAAACGACGACCAAAAUAUUGACCCUUUUCCUCCCUGCAACCACCACCACCACGUCCCAAACUCGCACGUUUCUCCCUUUCUCCUCCUGUAUACGUACGUACGUGCCGCUUUCGCCACGCGCCAUGCAUGCACCACUGCCACCACUAUCAACCACACACCGUUCUCCUCCUCGCGCCGCCUAUAUAAGGCCUCGCACGCAUCCAUCCACCAGGUGCACAUCACAGCCGUUACAGCUGGUCACUACCAACAAGUACAACACACAAGUCAUCACAUAUAUAUACCUCGCAUCGCAUCGAUUCCAUCGAUUCGCGCGGCCAUGGCGCCCGAGCUGUCCUCCCCGUCGUCGUCACCUCGCUACACCGUUGGCUACGCGCUGCUGCCGGAGAAGGUGAGCAGCGUCGUGCGGCCGUCGCUGGUGGCGCUGGCCGCCGACCGCGGGGUGCGCCUCGUCGCCGUCGACGUGUCGCGGCCGCUCGCCGAGCAGGGCCCGUUCGACCUCCUCGUGCACAAGAUGUACGACCGCGGGUGGCGCGCCCAGCUGGAGGAGCUCGCCGCGCGCCACCCCGGGGUGACCGUCGUCGUCGACUCCCCCGGCGCCAUCGACCGCCUCCUCGACCGCGCCACCAUGCUCGACGUCGUCUCCGGCCUCCGCACCCCCGUCUCCGUCCCGCCCCAGGUCGUCGUCAGCGACGCCGCCGCCGACGCGGACGAGCUCCUCGCCCGCGCCGCGCUCCGCUUCCCGCUCAUCGCCAAGCCGCUCGCCGUCGACGGCAGCGCCGAGUCGCACGACAUGCGCCUCGUCUACCGCCGCGACGGCGUCCUCCCCCUCCUCCGCGCGCCGCUCGUCCUCCAGGAGUUCGUCAACCACGGCGGGGUGCUCUUCAAGGUCUACGUCGUCGGCGACCGCGCCACCUGCGUGCGCCGGAGCAGCCUCCCCGACGUGCCGGCCCGCCGCCUCCUCGACCUGGACGCCGAGCCCUCCGUCCCCUUCGCCAACAUCUCCAACCAGCCGCUCCCCCCACCUGAUGACGACGGCGGCGCCGCCGACGACGACACGCCGGCCGCCGGCUUCGUGGACGAGGUGGCGCGCGGGCUCCGGCGAGGGCUGGGCCUGCACCUGUUCAACUUCGACAUGAUCCGGGAGAGGAGCGAGGAGCACGGCGACAGGUACUUCAUCAUCGACAUCAACUACUUCCCGGGCUACGCCAAGAUGCCGGGCUACGAGGCGGCCCUCACGGAUUUCUUCCUUGAGAUGCUCCGUGGCACAAGACCUGUUCCUGAGCAGCUGGGCCCGGGCUCGGGCCUGGACAUGGAGGCCCGCAAGCUCGAGCCUGGGCUGGGUAUCGGUCUAAGAGAAUUGGAGUCUGGCCGAGCUCAGGCCUAGCUAGCACUCCGAGGCUCGGUGUUGGCCCGUCAGCUCGGCCCGGCCCGACCCAGCGUUUGAACAUGUGUGCAUUUUAUACUUUGUAAACAAUAAUCAAUGAAGCCAAGCAAAUGCUACAAGUGCAAGCUAAACCUCAAAGGACGGUGUGUGUUUAGAAGAUUAUUAGUACAUGUUCAGUCUAAUCUAGUGAUCCAAGUAAUCAAGGUUAGUGGCAACAUCCAGCCCUUUACCUUAAAUGGUGAGAAAUUUAACAGAUUGUAUUCGUUAAAUGUUCAUGUGAAGAUCCGAGUCAUCAACGCGUGCAUCAAACUUUUAACUUAAA